CCCCAGCGUAUGGGACAGUCUGACAGAGAAAGAGAAGUAGAAGAAUGAGAAAGAGGGAGAGGAAAAGGAGGAAGAAGGGGAAAAGGAGGAAGAAGAGGAAGAAGAGAAGGAGGAGGAGGAGGAGGUGGUGGCAGUACAGAGCAGAAACGAAUUGAGACAACAUCGCCUCUCAGCAACCGGAAGGAAAAACCCCACAUAUGCGCAGGCCACGAACAUCCUACGAGUGUGGUUGCUCAGCAGAGAGAGCUGUCAGCUGCACUUAGACGAAAGCCAGGGGAGCUGCAGAGAGACUAGCAUAAGGACACAAGGGACUAGUUCCAUCCCUGCCUGCCUACCCAGGAGAGAUCAAAGUGACCAGUGGCACAAGAUGGUCUGUCUAUCCACUUCGGUUCUACCUUCAGGUUAGUGAAGUGUGAGUCUCCAGCACCAGACGCUGGCGGAGAAGCACACCAGCAUUGUUCACGGGGAGCUAUGACAAGGAGGAAACAGGCCAGCAGACUGCAGCCCUGGGACUGUCCUGGAGAUCCAGAGUGCCAACGCUCCUUAAGGGAAAAUGUGGGCGAGGAAUCUUAUGGCGAGGGCCUUAUAUGACAAUGUCCCCGAGUGUGCUGAGGAGCUGGCCUUCCGCAAGGGAGACAUCUUGACUGUCAUAGAGCAGAACACAGGAGGACUUGAGGGAUGGUGGCUGUGUUCCCUCCAUGGUCGCCAAGGCAUCGUCCCAGGUAACCGGGUGAAACUUCUGAUUGGUCCAGUGCAAGAGACCUCCGGUCAUGAGCAGCCUAUUCCUGGACCUAUGCAUCAGACCUUUGGCCAACAGAAACUCUACCAAGUGCCAAAUUCCCAGGCAGCAUCUCGUGAUACCGUCUACCAAGUACCACCCUCCUACCAGAAUCAGGGAAUUUACCAAGUGCCCACUGGCCAUGGUACUCCAGAGCAAGAUGCAUAUCAAGUGCCACCAUCAGUUCAGAGGAACAUUGGAGGUACUAAUGGGCCCCAUCUAGGCAAAAAGGUGAUCACCCCAGUGAGGACAGGCCAUGGCUAUGUAUAUGAAUACCCAUCCAGAUACCAAAAGGAUGUCUACGAUGUCCCUCCUUCCCACACCACUCAAGGGGUAUAUGACAUCCCUCCUUCAUCGGUAAAAGGUCCUGUGUUUUCAGUUCCAGUGGGAGAGAUAAAACCUCAAGGGGUAUAUGACAUUCCCCCCACCCAAGGGGUCUAUGCCAUUCCACCAUCGGCUUGCCGAGAUGAGGCAGGGCUCAGGGAAAAGGAAUAUGAUUUUCCUCCUCCAAUGAAACAAGAUGGAAAGCCAGACACUAGACCUGAGGGAGUUUAUGACAUCCCUCCAACCAGCACCAAGACAGCAGGGAAAGACCUUCACAUCAAAUUCCCUUGUGAUGCUCCAGGAGGUGCAGAACCAAUGGCACGAAGACACCAGAGCUUUUCCCUGCACCAUGCACCCUCUCAGCUGGGACAAUCUGGGGACAGUCAGAGUGAUGCAUAUGAUGUCCCCCGGGGAGUUCAGUUUCUGGAGGUACCAACAGAAACCAGUGAAAAGGCAAAUCUGGAGGAAAGAGACGGUGUUUAUGACGUCCCUCUUCACAACCCAGCAGAUGCCAAAGGCUCUAGGGACGUGGUAGAUGGGAUCAACAGACUGUCUUUCUCCAGCACUGGCAGUACCAGGAGUAACAUGUCCACAUCUUCCACCUCCUCAAAGGAGUCCUCAUUGUCAGCCUCCCCAUCUCAAGACAAAAGGCUCCUACUGGACCCAGACACGGCCAUUGAGAAGCUCUAUCGGCUCCAGCAGACCCUGGAGAUGGGUGUGUGCAGUCUCAUGUCACUAGUCACCACAGACUGGAGGUGUUACGGGUACAUGGAAAGGCACAUCAAUGAGAUCCACACUGCAGUGGACAAAGUGGAACUGUUCUUACGAGAAUACCUCCAUUUUGCCAAGGGAGCUUUAGCCAAUGCCUCCUGCCUCCAAGAACUGGUCCUCCACAACAAAAUGAAGCGGGAACUCCAAAGAGUAGAAGAUUCCCACCAGAUUCUAAGCCAAACCAGCCAUGAUUUGAAUGGAUGCAGCUGGUCCUUGAAUAUUUUAGCUAUUAAUAAGCCCCAAAAUAAGUGUGAUGAUCUAGACAGGUUUGUGAUGGUAGCCAAGACAGUGCCAGAUGAUGCCAAGCAACUGACCACUACCAUCAGCACCUACGCAGAGACCCUCUUUAGAGCAGAUCCUGGCAAUUCCCCGCUAAAGAGUGGGCCCGACAGCAUCAUGAACUCAAGCGAGUACACACAUACAGGCUCCCAGAUGCAGCCACUGCGCCCUGGUGACUACAAAGCCCAGGUCCACAAUAAGCCAUUGCCUCCUACUCUAAGCAAGGACCAGCCACCAGACUGUAGUAGCAGUGACGGUUCAGAAAGGAGUUGGAUGGACGAUUAUGAUUAUGUCCACCUACAGGGCAAGGAGGAGUUUGAAAGACAGCAGAAGGAGCUCUUGGAAAAAGAGAACAUCAUGAAGCAGAGCCAGGCGCAGCUGGAGCAUCAUCAGCUGAGUCAGUUCCAGCUGUUAGAACAAGAAAUCACCAAGCCGGUGGAGAAUGACAUCUCUAAAUGGAAGCCCUCUCAGAGCCUCCCAACCACAAACAACAGUGUGGGUGCUCAAGAUAGGCAGUUACUUUGCUUCUACUAUGACCAGUGUGAAACCCAUUUCAUCUCCCUCCUCAACGCCAUCGAUGCCCUCUUCAGCUGUGUCAGCUCAGCCCAGCCCCCACGGAUCUUUGUGGCCCACAGCAAGUUUGUCAUUCUCAGUGCACACAAACUGGUGUUCAUUGGAGACACUCUGACAAGGCAGGUGGCUGCCCAGGACAUUCGCAACAAAGUCAGAAACUCCAGCAACCAGCUCUGCGAACAGCUCAAGACGAUAGUGAUGGCGACCAAGAUGGCCGCCCUCCACUACCCCAGCACUACGGCCUUGCAGGAGAUGGUGCACCAGGUAACAGACCUGUCCAGAAAUGCUCAGCUGUUCAAGCGUUCCUUGCUGGAGAUGGCCACCUUCUGAGGAGACAAGGAAGUGGAAAGGACUUGAUGACUAAUUACUAAGGAAAACUGGAAAUACUAUCUAGUUUUUGUAAAUGCUAUCUAUUUUUGUAGAUAUUUUAUAUGAAAAUGAAAUGUUUUAAUGUUUUGUGAGUUAGUUGAUUUUCAUCAAUUCAGGGAGCUGAAGUGGGAAGUUGUUUUGUUUCCCCUGUGUGGUUCAUAUAUAAACAUAUAAGUAUCUAAGACAGUUGUACAGAAAUGUGUCCACAUUUGUGUAUGCCUGUGUAUCCCUAUUUGUUUAUAGAUGUGUGUCUGAUUCAGUCCAUUAAAAACAUGAAUUGAGAAGCACCUUAGUAAGCACCUUCUAAUGCUGCAUUGUUUUGGUUUUGUAGAAAAUUAUACCACUUAGUUGUAAUAUUGCUCUACAUGUACUAGUAGUGGUCUGAGCCUUGCACACCUACCUUUCUUGUCUGAAACCUCUUUCAAACUUGACUUGUCUUUAACACAGUGGUAAAUCUGACCAACCUCUGGUUGAAGGGGGGGGGGGAGAAAAGGGAGAAGGGAGAGGGAGAGAGAGAGAGAGAGAGAGAUUCAAAAAAUACAUUAAUCGUGUGCUGGAGAGAGGCAAGACAUGUGUGCUGUACUAAGAAGCCAUGUCUACAGUGGUUAUAGUGUUAUUUCAAUUCUGAAAGGAACUACAAUAAAGAAAGAACACUUGUUUCCCGGGGGCUACAUUUGUGAGUGAUUCACUCAUGAGGUUUUCUAAAGGAUAUUUUUGGAGUUGAAUAUAAAAAAAAAAUUACAAGAAUUCAUGGAGAUACAUCAGAACUCUGUGGAAAAAAAAGAAGGGAUGUUUCCAAUGGCCAGUAGUUAAAGAAAGACCUCUCUACCCUCAUUGUCUAAUGGAAAUGGCCGGUUCCUUAGACACUGAACUAUGGAGCCACCAGGCUCUGUCCUGCUCUCUCAUUGCUUGAUGGAUCCUUUACCCUUCUAAAGACUUAUGUAAGCAGACCAACACUCAGAACAGUUGCAGAGAUCUGACCUUCACAUCCCACUGUGGCCAUGGACCUUGUGGAUAAGCCACAUUGCCAUUUGUCAGCUAGUCACAGCAUUGAUCCUGUGAUCUGUCCCUUCACAUCUGCUGUGUGGAUACAGUCUAGGCACCAGAUUCAUCAUUGGCAGAUAAACUGCUUCCAUCUUCCUUUAUGACCAACUCAAGAAAUAUGUUUCUUGUAGUCUCUUCUAUUUCAUUCCAGCCUAUUUGGAAAUGUGUCUUUAUUUGUUAUGGGUGUCUUGAUUGAGUUAAUAUUAUUUGUUUUAAAGAACCAAAUUACAAAGACAAGGAGGGGCUUAUGAAGAACUUGUGAUCUCAAUGUGAUUUUUUUUUUAAUAAAUGGAAGAUAUCAAAGGAAAGGUGCUUUUCCAAAACAAACUAUAAUUGUAAUUCUCAAAGUUCUACAUCACCAGAAGAUGAACAGCUGAGCUAUUGGACAAUAAUUCACUGUGUCUGGCUUGUGGAGGAAGAGGGUCCUGUAGCAUCAGUACCAUUGUAAGAAGUCAGGAAGGGUAUGCUUGUAGAUCUUACUACACAAUGUGUAUCUGUUGGGUGAUGGCUACCUUGUCCUAACCUGAGUGAUAACAUUCCACAUUGUAAAAACCAAACUAUUCAAUUUGUAUUGCUCAUUGCCAUCUUGUAUAUUCAAGCCAUUAAAUGUUUGGAUCUUUCUCUUUAUA